GGGAGCACAAUGGAGCCGGGAUAGGCCAUGACAACUCUCUCGCUCAGUUCCUUGGCUUCCCUCGGGGGGCUGCUUUGUGAAGUUACCAGACGGGGUGGCUGGGUUUGGGGGAAGGACAUUUUUGGAUCUUGGGGGCUGGCGAGGGCCAGAUUGUGUAAUUCUUGCUGUUGUUGUCCGGCCAUGUGAUUCUCUGAGACCCCACGGACCGGAGCAUAACUGUCUGUGGGGGCUCCGUGGCUGCUGGAGUGUUUUGUCGCUUCCUUCUCCAGUGGGCAAAACAGAGAUUGAUCAUCUGCUGGGACUCUACAACCACUGAGGGAUUAAGGCCAGACUUGAGCUCAGGACUCCCUGACCCCAGACUAGCGCUCUAUCCUCUCUUACCCGAAUGUGGAUCCCUUUGGCGAUGUCCCAGGCUUUGCCAAAGACUUCCAGGGAGGGAAGCUGGCUCUCCGUCUCUGGGAGCUGACCCUUUCCCCUUGGCAUUGCACCCAUGGGCAGGAUGUUUUCCCGAAGCAGAUGAGACCAGAAGAGGCUUCCUCAGGACAGGUUGAAGUCAUUGAAGUGUUCCCAUCACCAGAUGAUCCUGGCAUAUUGGGAAAUUCGGGGGAUCGCCCAUCCAAUCCGUUUGUUGUUGGAAUAUACAGGGACCCCCUAUAAGGAGCUGCUUUAUAACUAUGAGAAAUGUUCUGAUUAUGAUAAAAAUGAAUGGUUUAAAGACAGAUAUACUCUUGGGCUCGAUUUUCCCAAUCUACCCUACCUGAUUGAUGGGAACACCAAGAUCACCCAGAGCAAUGCUAUCUUACGCUAUAUUGGACGAAAGCACAAGAUGUGUGGGGAUACUGAGGAGGAGAAAGUGAGAGUGGACAUUUUGGAGAGUCAAGCCAUGGAUUUUCGAAUGCAGCUGGUGAGAGUUUGCCACGAUCCAAACUUUCCUCUCACUCUGUCUCCACAGGAAAAUUUGAGACUCAACUAUCUACAGCAGCUACCUAAAACUCUUCAGCUCUUCUCCCAUUUCCUGGGCACAAGGAGGUGGUUUGCUGGAAAGAAGAUGACUUUUGUGGAUUUCUCCAUGUAUGACAUUCUUGACCUGAACUGCAAGUUUUUACCCGCAUGCCUGGACCUUUUCCCAAACCUACAGGAAUUCCUCACUCGGUUUGAGGGCCUAAAGAAGAUCUCUGCCUACAUGAAUUCUCCACGAUAUCUCCCCAAACCAGUGUUUCUGAAGAUGGCCAAGUGGGGCACUCAGUAGAACUCAGAAAAGUCCAAAGACUGGGAGGAAUGACUCUGACUCUCCUGACUCUCAAGAAGUCAGAGGGUUCCUAGACUUUCUCCUGUGGAUAUCUCUAAAUCAUACUUCCCCAGUAAAGUGUAUUGACCAUUACUUUUUCCUUUCUGUCC